CUGUUCCUCCCUGUCUUUUAUUGGUUAUGGACGGACUCCCACGCUCGCCCUUUGCCCAAAAGAGUCGGACUGUGAAGACAGCCUUGUGGUGCAGAUCUGCUUGAAGUCCAUCCUGCAGCAGAUGAUAAGGCCUUGGGGUCAAGGAGAAGAAAUCCAAGUUUUUAAAAAACCCCAAACAGCCCUCUCCCCCCACCCUGCAACCUAUGGAUCGCGGGGUACCUGCCUUUGAGAAGCCCCCACUCAGCCCUUCAUCCGAAGAAGAUCCAAAGCGUUUGGUCCCCCCUGGCUGCAGGAAAUUAUGUUGGCUGAUUCCGUCCAAUUUCUGGGAGGAAGCGAAGAAGAUCUUGGCAAUGGCUGGGCCACUGACGGUGAUUCAGCUAUUGGUGUUCAUGAUCCACGUCGUCAGCACGAUAUUCUGUGGCCACCUUGGGCAAGUGGAGUUGGCUUCUGUCACGCUUGCAAUUGCGGUUAUCAACGUGACCGGCAUUUCUAUCGGUUUCGGGUUAUCCUCAGCCUGUGACACGUUAAUAUCCCAGACCUAUGGUGGGAGGAACAUGAAACGCGUGGGCACCAUCCUGCAACAAGGGGUGCUGAUCCUCCUGCUCUGCUGCUUCCCGUGCUGGGCAUUUUUUAUCAACACCGAACAGCUCCUCUUGCUGAUCCGACAGGAUCCGGAAGUCUCCAGGCUCACUCAGGUUUAUGUCAUGAUCUUUAUUCCAGCACUUCCCGCAUCCUUUAUUUAUCAGAUCCAGAUGCGGUAUUUGCAAAACCAGAAGAUCAUCUGGCCAGAGGUUUUUUGUGGCAUUGUUGCAAACAUUAUCAAUGUCCUUGCGAAUUAUAUCUUCCUCUACCAAUUUCACAUGGGAGUUAGAGGCUCGGCAUGGGCCAACACCAUCGCUCAAUAUUGUCAAGCCAUCACCCUCUUUUUGUAUAUCAAGUGGAAAAAGCUUCACGUGAAAACCUGGGGAGGAUGGUCCAUGGAAUGCCUGCAGGAAUGGGGUCUCUUCAUGUCGCUGGCGAUUCCCAGUAUGCUGAUGACUUGCAUCGAAUGGUGGACCUUUGAAAUUGGAAGCUUUCUGAUAGGCCUCCUAAGUGUGCUGGAUCUGUCUGCACAAUCCAUCAUUUAUGAAAUUGCCACAGUAGCUUAUAUGAUUCCCUUUGGGAUUGGGACCUCCGUCAGUGUCCGAGUAGGCAACGCCUUAGGAGCCGGGAAGGUGGAGGAAGCCCGAAAGUCAUCGUUGGUUGCCAUAUUUUGCACAGUGGGUUUCUUCCUUCUGAUGGGUGCCGUGAUGACAGCCUUGAAAGACAUCUUGGCGUACAUUUUUACCAGUGACAAGGAGGUGGUUGACCUUGUGGCAUGGGUGAUGCCCAUCUACAUUGCCUUCCAUCUGUUUGAAGCUCUUUGUGCUACCACCAGCGGGGUGCUGCGUGGCACCGGGAGGCAGAAACUGGGCGCCAUUUUCAACGCUCUGGGCUACUAUGCUGUAGGCCUGCCCUUGGGGGUUGUGUUGCUUUUCGUAGUCAAAAUUGGAAUGAUAGGGCUUUGGGUGGGCAUGUUGGUCUGUACCUUGAUCCCCUGCAUCUGCUCCAUCACCUACAUUAUCCGGAUGAACUGGAACCAGGCGGCUGAAGAGGCCCAGCGCCGUGCCAAACUGUCACAGAAGCCAGUGGAGGAUUUGAACUCAGCUCCCAUCCCUGACCGGAUUGUUUCCUCUUCUGGACCGACCAAUGCCCAGAACGGCGUCGUGCUCCUUAGCUUUACCGUUGUGGAUGGCCCGACCUUGCAGGAGAAGAACUUGGCCAGCCUCCCCACGGCGAGCCGAGUUCUGACGACAAAGCAACUGAUCGUGAGACGGGGGCUGGCGGUGGGGGCCGCCGUGGGCAUCCUGGCCGUUGGGGUGUUGAUACGGAUAUUCACGGUGGAAAGUUAUAGGCUGGGAAAAAGCUAGAAGAGUUUCCGUUGAACCCGAGGCAAGACGAGGGGAGAUGCCUCUGGCAGUGGCCUCGUUUGUCCAGCAGGGGGCGCCUGUGGGAAUUAUACCCAGGGCUUCCAGCAGGGCGUGCCCAACUCAGCAAAACAUUGUGCAAUGUCGGCCUUUUUGUUCAGCAUCCCUCCUUCUUGCAAAGAAAAGAUUUCCCUGCCUAACGUUUAGACUCAGCCAGAAACCAAGAGGAGCUGCCAAAGGGGAAGGUGGCCAAAACCAUCAUCGCUACUUGCAAAGAAUGAAAAGACUUCGUUCUCGGUUGGGUUAAGGAAGUUUAUUUCCACCACGCAGCCGUCUGAUGGGGAUAACCUUACGCACAGCCACAUUUAUUCAGUGUAAUCUUUCCAGAUAAAACCUUUUA